AUGGAUCGCCUAGAUGCUCUAGGCAUAGAUGCCAAUAGGAAGCUCGGAAUGAUGAUAGACCACGCUCCGGAGAAGAUGUCACUCGUAGGAAAACUAUCAACGGACACGCUCCCGGUGUCCAUGGAUGUCGACAAUAAUUCUAUGAUGAUGACUCGGAUGAAGAUGAAUAUUUUGAGGAACCCAUCCCGAGGCAUGCUGAUUAGGGGAGGCGUAAUUAUGGAGGCUCGAAAUAUGGCUCUAAAGGCUGAACUAAUGUUGCAAGAAAAAGGGAGAUCAUAUUACUCUCGUAGAAGUUACGGUGGGGAUAAUUAUAAAACUUAUAGUGACAUGAACAAAGCUAUAAAUAUUUCCCCAACACGCCAUGAAAGGCUUAUGGAAGAGAAAACAACGGGAAAACAAAAGGCCACGAAGUCUAACGACUACCCCCUCAUAAAGGCGAUCCAUGUGGUGGAGCGAGAUGAGGAAGAUGGUGAAGUAUGUUGUGAACCAAAUGGAGAUGAGGGCGAAUUUAAGGAGGAUGGUGAAUGUCAAAACUAUGUGGUUAGACGAAUGAUGCUGACACCAAAAUUAAAGGAUGACACUCGGCGACAUCAAUUGUUUCGGACUAGGUGUACUAUCGGUAACAAUCUAUUUAACGUCAUUAUUGAUAAUGGCGAGUUGUGA